CAUAUAUAUUCAUAAAAAUUUAUAUAUAAAAUUAUAUUGAGCAUGACAAUAUAAAGUGUUUUAUAAAUAUAACAAUCAAGUCAUUUUUUCUUUUUUUAUUAUAAAGGAAACCUGUAAUCCCACACCUUGGAACCACAGAAUCUUUCUUCUUGCCCACUUUGUGUUGCUAAAGAGAUGGGAGGCAUGAUCAAUAAUGUCGUGGUAGUCCUUAGUAUUUCUGUGAUCAUGUGUAUGAACACCAUGAGAUUAUCAUAUGGAGCUAUAACAAGAAGAAGCAUGGAAGAGAUUUGGAGAAUAAACAAGCAAGGUCCCUUCUUAGGCAUUGUGGUUCCCAAUGCCUUUGAGAUGAAUCCUCUCCUUCAAUCUCCAAGCUUUGUUCAAGAUUCCCAACUUCCAUACUUUGAUUUCGGAGGGAGAAGAUUUCGUUUUGGAAAAAUUGGGAGUGAAAAAGUUAUUAUCACAAUGACAGGGUUAGGCAUGCUUAAUGCAGGGAUUACUACGCAACUUCUAAUAAAUUUGUUCAAGAUAAAGGGAGUAAUACACUAUGGAGUUGCAGGAAAUGCAAACCCUAAUCUCCAAAUUGGAGAUGUGACCAUCCCUAAUUAUUGGGCUCACACUGGUCUAUGGAAUUGGCAGAGGUAUGGUGAUGGAGAGAAUGAUGAACUUGCACUGGAGGCCAAUGGAGAUUACACAAGAAAAAUUGGAUAUUUAAAAUUCUCAGAUUAUUAUAAUUUGAGCAAAAAUGGAGAAAAUUUGGAUAAUUAUCUAAAUAGAGUUUGGUAUCAACCAGAAGAAGUCUUUCCUGUUGAUGGAGUUCCUGAACAAAGACAACAUGCUCUUUGGGUUCCUGUUGAUAGUCAUUACUAUAAUCUCUCCAACAAACUUGAGGACUUGGAGCUGGAAAACUGUGUGAAUGCUACAACAUGUUUGCCAAGAAGAGCAAAAGUAGUGAAGGUGGAAAGAGGGUGCAGUGCAAACACAUUUGUUGACAAUGCAGCAUACAGAGAGUUUUUGAGAUCCAAAUUCAAUGUGAGUCCUGUUGAUAUGGAAACUGCUGCUGUUGCACUUGUGUGCCUUCAACAAACUAGUACUCCUUUCAUUGCAUUCAGAGCUCUCUCUGAUCUUGCUGGUGGUGGCUCUGCUCUCUCUAAUGAAGCUUCUCUUUUUGCUUCUUUGGCUUCUCAGAAUGCUGUUACUGUUGCUCUUCAAUUCAUCCAUCUCAUUUCUUCAUCUAAAUUAGAUUUUGGUUCUUUUUAUGUUCAGUAAUGUAUUGCCUCUCACUGCUUUCACUGGCUCUUUUCCCUGUCCAAUAAAGCUUCUCUGUCUGCUUUGUUUCUGAGUUUAUUCUGUUUGUACCUUGGCUUUAAUGAUUAAUCUGUAUAUGUUUCUGAGUUUA